AUGCCUAUCACCCAAGAAAAUGCCCUGAGCCAUCUCCCCCUUUUGGAGGACUGGCUCUGGGCUCAAGAGAAAUACCAAGAUGAGGAUGAUGAGCCACAGAAGAGCACAGGCAGUCAGGCUCUUUGCCAGGCUGCUAUCCGUAAGCUUGUGGAAUACAUCCAGCUGAACUUUGCUGAAGCUGAGAGCCCUUCGUUCAGUAGUAGCUUAUUCAGAGAGGAAAUUGAUGCUGUGGUGAGUGCGGUCUGCCUUCAUAAGUCUGAGGGAGAUGGCUCUGAGUUUGGUCUCAGCUUUGGAAAUAUUCCAAUUUUUGGCGACCCCGAGGGGAAGAUGAAAGGGGUCAGGAGGAGGCGCAGGAAGGGUGAUAAAGGCCCUGUAUUGGAUGUUGGGUGUAUUUGGGUGACUGAAGUGAAAAAGAACAGCCCAGCAGCCCAUUGUGGAGAUAUUAAACUGCGAGAUGAACUGCUGUCGCUUAACGGACAGCUGAUGGUGGGAGUUGAUGUCACUGGAGCCAGUUACUUGGCAGAUCAGUGCUGGAACGGAGGCUUCAUCUACCUGAUCAUGUUGCGAAGAAUCAAACGCAAGGCUCCUCUCCCUCCAUGCAAUGGCAGCAGUGGGGACAACGGUGUGGACGUCUCCACCGAGCACCGAAACAAUGUCUCCUCCAGCCCCACACAGAAUGGCAAGCGAACUCGCAAAUUUGGUGUCUUUUCCCGCUCCUCGUUCACUCGCGACAGCAAGGAUAGUAAAGAUAGCCAGGACAUUGAACUUGAGAAUGGUUAUAGCUCCAUAGAGACAGAGGUCACAUCCCCAGAGAGCAGCACCCCUCAGGACACACCAACAGAUGAGAGUCCAGUUAUUGGUUCCUCGGAGCUGACAGCGAAUCCUUUGAAGGUGGGGAGCAAGGCCACCCUACCUUGCCGAUUACAAUCAUACCACUCUGAAAGCUCCACGACAGAGUCAAUAAGUAGUGAAACUUCCACUCAGCCCCAUGAGGACAGCCGGAUCUGGAAGAUGCAUAUGGUGAAGGGUCAGGAUGGACUGGGUAUCCAGAUCACCGGUGGACGAGGUUCCAAACGCUCUCCUCACGGCAUCAUCGUGGCCCAUGUGGAGGAGGGAGGGCCCACACAGAGAGAUGGACGCCUGAAGGCAGGUGAUGAGUUGCUGAUGAUUAAUGGUCACUCGCUUGUUGGGCUCUCACACCAGGAGGCUGUAGCUGUGCUCCGCUCUACUGCUGGACUGGUGCAGCUGGUGGUAGCCAGCAGGGAUGAAUCCGAAGUGGACUUCCACAAGUACCCAUCCACCAGCCUGCCCGACUUAGUGAGCACGUCGGGUCCGGAUGUCUCACCUUCCCCUGGGGAGGAGAAGGAGAACAUAGAGCCGGACAUGGAGGACGUGAGGGCCAUCAGUCUUUCACUGCCCACCCAGGACUUGUUUACAGAGCUUGACAGACUGGAGGAACGUGGCAGGAUUGAGGGUCCCAAGGAAUAUUGCCGUAGCCCCACAUCUAUGAAAUUCCGCAGCAGAUCUCAAGGUGGAGGGAGUCGUCUGGAGUCUGUCGGCGAAGACGAUGAACUAAUCGUGGAAAAUGGUGAUACAGGAAGUGAUAUGGCAGAAAAGCCAGCGCGAGGAGGACGCAAGCAUUCUCUUCCUCAGCAACUGGACACAGUCGGCAUCCGACAGGAAUAUCAAAUUGUGAAGAAAUCGGCUCGUUCCCUGAGCACUCUUCAAGUGGAGUCUCCAUGGCGACUGGCACAGCCAUCCAUAAUCUCCAACAUUGUUUUGAUGAAAGGACAGGGCAAGGGUCUGGGGUUCAGUAUUGUCGGGGGGCAGGAUUCAGCUAGGGGGAAAAUGGGCAUAUUUGUCAAGACCAUUUUCCCCAAUGGAGCAGCUGCAGCUGACGGGCGGCUCAAAGAAGGCGAUGAGAUAUUGGAGGUGAAUGGAGAGUCUCUCCAAGGCCUCACGCACCAGCAGGCCAUUCAGACCUUCAAGCAACUGAAGAAGGGAGUGGUUACUCUAACUGUGCGGACCCGUCUGAGAAGCCCCAGUCUUACCCCUUGUCCCACACCUACACUACUCAGCAGAUCCAGCUCUCCAAACUCAAAUGCCAGUGGUGGGACACCGGCCCCUCCUAGCUUUGAUGAUGGGGACUCUCGUAAGGGGCCGGGUCCCAAAGAUCGCAUUAUCAUGGAGGUUACAUUAAACAAAGAGCCAGGUGUGGGUCUGGGUAUUGGUGCCUGCUGUCUAACACUGGAGAACAGCGCUCCUGGGAUCUACAUCCACAGCUUGGCACCAGGAUCUGUUGCCAAAAUGGAUGGUAGACUCAGUCGAGGAGACCAGCUCUUAGAGGUGGAUUCUGUGAGCCUGAGACACGCAGCCCUGAGUGAAGCCUAUGCCAUUCUGAGUGAAUGUGGACCCGGCCCAGUCAGCCUUAUAAUUAGCCGACAUCCUAACCCCAAAGUGUCUGAACAAGAAAUGGAUGAAGUGAUCACUCGUUCCACACACAGAGAUAGCCAUUCUUCCCAUACAUUGGGCCUGCCAUCCAAGAGUCUAUCUCCUACUGUUAAAAUCAAACAGGGUGGUGAGGUUAACCCAGCUCUCAGCUGGACCAUGAAGAGAUUCCUGGAGCCAGCGAGCAGGCAAGGCUCGCUGAGUUCAGAGUCAGAACUUUCUCAGUAUUUUUCGGUUCACGAUGUUCCCAGUCAGUCUUCCCUCUCUGAGACCAUGGCGAUGGGAUCCAGUUAUGAUGAAUUGCUGCACAGUGGCAGGAGCUGUAAUACUUCCAUGGAGGAAUCGGCUGCACCUCAGCCACAUGUCUACAGGGAUGGUGUCUUUAGAGGCUCAGAUAGUAGUCCCACAACCCCAGACUGUUGUAAAUCCUCUACUGGUUUUGGUCGUGCUGGAGACCCUCCCCACCAGGCCAGCGUGGGCAGCAGCCCCAGUUCAGUACACAGCCCUCUUCUCCACCACCAUCAGGCCAUCUGCUAUGAGCAAGAACCCAGUGAUGAUGAAAAUGGCCUUGAAGAGGACAGCGGCCCCUUCCGUCAUCUCCUCCGUGGUGUCCCGGAGGGAGGCCACAACCACCACCACCAGGAGGAAGACUCUGGUAUUGUAAUAGCCACCUCAUCUCUUGAUGAUGAAAGCCAGGACAGCAGCAAAAGCCACAGACAAAUCGACAGCGAGCCAGCCACUCCAAUCAACGGCAGCUCACUAGAAUCGGAGGAUGGGCCUAGUGGGCCACCUGGUGCCGAAUCUCCAUUUAUGCCCAUUCCCUGUAUGGAACACAACUCUGGGGCAGCUGGAGGAACAAUCCUAGGCGUGAAUAAAGAGCCUCAUCAGGAAGAGCAGGAGAUCAAGCUGGAGCACAAAGCCGUGACUCGUGUGAAGAGCAUGAUGAGCAUCGAGUGCCCCAACCCUCCUCAAAGGGCCAAGAUUGAGGGGUCACCAUUACUCCCAUCAAUGACUGCUCAGGUCACGCAGAGCAACACACAGCCUCCCUGCAGGCUUCUGCACUGCAAGAAGGGCGAAUCCAGUGAGUUAGCUGGGGUCUGCACCAUUGAGACUAUAGUUCUCCAGCGUAGUGAGUCAGAGUCUUUUGGUCUGGAUCUGGAGAUUAAGUCAUCUCCUCUCAAGGUGCUGAUUACAGGGCUGAGACCAGGAGGUGUUGCAGAGAGGGAAGCCUUAGGGAAGAUGAGUGUUGGCGACGAGAUUGUAACAAUUGGUGACACCCCUGUGUGUACAUCCACCUAUCAGGAAAUCUGCAAUCUCAUGCACAACCUGCCAAUCAAAUUAACCUUAGAGAUUAAGAAGCCAGUCUCAGCUGUAGAUCGACUUUCUAGCUUGAUUAUGUCCUCUGGCUGCAAGGGCUCAUCAAAAUUGGAGGAACCCAGACCUCUUCCACAGGAAAAAAGCAAUAUGGUCAAAACUCCAGUUGUGGCUCAGGAGAGCCCUUCAUUUGAAACAAAUGCAAAACAUGCUGUAGCAAUCCACAGCAACAGUGUGCCAGUAACUAAUAUUGAUGAUGUAAUAACUGAACUGAACUCUACUGCAAACAAAUGUAAGGACCAAAAUAUCUCAGGUUUCAUAGACACAAGUGCAAAUAAAGGAGAGUGCAGUAAAGCGGAAGAUAAAGGGUGUUCAACCACAGCACCAUCACAAUCAAAUCCUCUAGAUUUCUCUGCACUAGAUGUGGGGAAUAACGGUUGCCAUUUUCCUGUAGGAAAGAUAUUUUUAAAUAAUUACUCUAGGAACUUUAGUCACCUGGAAGAGGACAUUAUACUUCUGGAGAAUGGACAUGGAGAGAAAUCAAGUAUGUACAGUCUGGUUGAGGAUAGUGACUCUGAGAGCAAUUCUGCCACUGACAGUUCUGUCAAAGUAGAGAAGCCUCAAGGUCACUGUGAGGAACCUCAGGACACUGACUCAGAUGAGGAAGUGGUUGAGCUCUGCUUCAGCACUGCGGUCAGUCUGCCUGAAUUCAGCCAAUCAGAGGAUAGAUCUAUUUCACAGGGAGACAGCAUCACAAAUAGACAAACUGUUAACCUGUCACUUGCGGGCAUUGAUCUCCAGAACCCUCAAUCAAUCUCCAUGCCAAACAAGGAUUUACCGGAGAAUAAUAAUUCUGUUUCACUCGCUGUGUUACAGGGCCCACUUUGCCCUCAGUUGUCAGAUUAUAACCAUUUGAAUGGGGACACCAGAAACAGUCCCACACAACGAGAGGCAAUGUGUGUGAGAACUUCACCAAGCACUGCGCCCUCAAACUGUGACGCUGAUGAAAAAUGUGAAACCAUUUUGGAACCUGUCAAAUCUUGCAAGACACCAACAGGUGUCAGUUGUCCCACUGUUAUUCAGGGCAACCGCCAUGUCUCUCCUAGGAGUCAAGAGAGGACGGCUAAGUUGCACUCGGCUGCAACUCUGUCUACAGAGAAACCCAACACUGUAAAAGUGCCACUAAGGUCAAAUGUGUCGGAGCCAAUGGCAUCAAAUCAUGCCAAUGGCAAAUCUAGUGUGCUGGCUUCCCCUAAACUCACUCCAAUGGACAAGGAGAGAGAGAAACUUCAUCCCAUGCUUGACUCUAAAUCAUCACUUUCCCAGAACCAGAGUAAAUCCACCACUUACUGUGUCAGGUCUUUGGGAAAUAAAUCCCCCAAUGACAACCCUGUUUCACCCCUGCUGAGAUGUAGACUUAAUCUUGACAAUAAAAAGUCAAACACUACUUCUAAACUCAAGGGAUUGAGUAUUACAAUUAAAUGUAAAGAGCAAGAACAGUCAGUCUCCAGAUCACUGAGGGCAGAAAUUCCAGUACAGAAAAAAGCUCUUAUCUCCCCAAGUCAGUCUCCUAAACUCCAUGCUAGAAGAACUACACUGACUGGUAGCCCAAAAUCAAGCAGAACUUCUUUGUCUUGUAAAACUGACCAAAGUCGACCAAUUGAGUCCACUGCCUUAAAGGCAACUUCCACCGAAAUCGCCAAUGAAGAACUCCAAUCUGCUAUAGAGGAAUCGGUCUUGGAUCAAAAAGAGCAAGUCUCUAAGCCUGAGGUCACUCUGGCCCCCACACAAAGAACUUUCAUCGAAGUACGACUUUUAUCCUCUUCAAUCCCAUCUUCUUCAUCGUCCACACCUGUCCUGAUGCGCAAGGAGGUUGUGAAUACAAAUUUGGCCUCCGUGUCAGACGAUCAAGUCGAGUGGGAGGAAUCUCAUUUGGAACACUCUCUAGGAGCACACGCAAUCUCAUUAGAAUCAAUCAACUCUUUAUCUAGUCGUCUGCAGCAUAAUGGUACUAUUAGGACAUGUGAAACUGUUGAGAAAGUGUUCUGCAAUGGCCAAGAAGAAAGCCCCCAAAGGAACUCAAAUAAUAAAGAGGCUGCCACUAGUCUCAAGACGAGCAAAUCCAAACUCUACCUAAGAGCACUAGACCGCAGAAGCUACUCUAUGGAUCCCAGUGGUUCUCUUGACCCAAACCCUUUCUCAGUUCGACAACGAAUCCAGUCCUUUGAGAAUUUGGCCAGCUUUGAUGGUUCUGUGAUAAGGUGCAUAGACAUUCCUUCUUAUGCUAUUAAGUCUAAACCACCUCUCAACCAGAAGCUGUCUGGGUACACCGGAUCUGUUAGCAGUCAGCCCGGUGGGAGCCAUUUUUUGAGGAGGAGUAUCAGCUCUUGUGUGGACAAUUUGAGCUCACCUCCAUCUCCAUUGCAUCAACUACAGAAUUCUUCAUCCAAUCCAAUUAUAACCAACACUGAAUUGGCUCCUUCUAAUGGAAGAACAGAGCCAGUUUUGAAGGAGAAACCCAGAAAUGAAGCCUCUCAGAACCAGCCCACUGUUCACACACCACCAGUGCUGCGAUCCCGCAAUGCCCGUGCAAAUGGAGGCCUGUCACGCUCCAAGCUAAGAGAGAUUAGGGCACUAAGCAUGCCUGAACUGGACAAGCUGUGCACAGAGGAUUUUUCCAGUGACCCUGGCAAUGUGAUCUUUAAGACUGAGCUGGAAAUUUAUCCUUGCAGAUCCACAGACCCAGCAUCACACAACCUGCAAUACACUGUUGUGACCAGGGUGAACAGUGUUGACACUGCAACGCCUGGUUCAACCAGCAAUAGGGAGCAACAUGAAGGCCAGGCCACAGGACUCUCGUGCUGGUCUAUAAGUUUGAAAGAACUUGAAUCUUCUCCCUUGGACCAAAAUAAGGUACAAGAUGUUCUGUGUUCCCUCACAACUAAACUGGAUGCGACAACACUUAUACAGAGGACAGAAUCUCUCUCAGAGGUUAAAAAGGACAUUUACUUUGUCAUCUUAACUAAAGAGCAGGGAUCUGGACUGGGUUUCAGCAUCGCUGGAGGAGUAGACCUGGAGCAGAAAUCUGUUACGGUUCAUCGAGUGUUCACUCAUGGGGUGGCAGGGGUUGAAGGUUCCAUUCACAGAGGAGAUAGGGUUUUGUCAAUAAAUGGGACCAGCAUGAGUGGGAUCACACAUGGAGAGGCACUGUCCUGUCUUCAUCAGACCAGGCUGCCAAGACAGGCAUUAGUGGUCAUCCAGAAGGGCAAAGAUACUGAGCCAACAUCACCUAGGCCAGAACUUCCCCUUCAGGCUAGACAUUGCCCUUCACCUGUCCAAAGUGGCAGCUUCUGGGAAAAUAAAGCAAGUGUGGAGGUGGGACCGGAUGGGGCUUUGAGUGUGGAAUUACAGAAGACUGCAGCUGGUUUAGGCUUCAGUCUUGAUGGAGGGAAAGCAUCUGCACAUGGAGAUCGACCACUCUACAUAAAGCGCAUUUUCAGAGGAGGAGCUGCUGAGCAGUCCCGCAUCAUUGAUGUGGGAGAUGAACUUCUAGCCAUCAACGGCAGGUCUUUGCAAGGCAUUAUGCUCUACGAUGCCUGGAACAUCAUUAAAACAGUCUCUGAGGGCCCUGUCCAGUUAGUCAUCAGAAAACCCAGGACUUCAGUAUGACAUCUGAUCUACCUACACAUAUUGCGUGUAUCUGAUGAAGAUGCCAAACCCUUGUGGUCUUAUUGUACAUUUUCUGACUUUGCAUUGCUUUUUAUAUGUGUGUAAAGGGAUUAAUGGAAAGGAGGCGAGAACCGUCUUGAUGAUACAAAUAAUAUUUUGAUUUAUAAACUGAACCAAAAAACAAACACACACACAGGUGUCGGACAGCUGUCCGUAAAUCUCUCUCUCCCUUGCACUGCCAUCUUCAGUCGGCCUUUAUCCCUCUCGAGGGAUAAUUAGCCUGAUAAGGGGCCAAGUGUGUGGAAUCACAACCCGGCCCUGCCCUCCGCCCUGCCAUAAUGUGUUUAUUACAGGAUCUCUGUGAUAAAGAAUUUGUUGCACAUAGAUAUUUAUGCAAACGAGGCUUCUGCAAUAUUGUGGUGGGCUCACUUACAGUAUGCAGGAUUAUGGUAUUUUUUUUGUGUGCCCUGACUUUGAACUUUUUAUCACACAAAUUUUGAACUUUGUCCUUUUUGACUUUUUGAAGACAUUCAAAACAUAAGUACAAGAAUUAUGAGUUAUAUGUUAUUAAGUGCAUCCCUUGUACAAUUUAAUUUAAUUAAUACGGGUCUGCAUAGCCGUAGACUGGUCAUAGUGCCCAUUAUGACCCCUGUCAACCGCAUACAAUGGGCACGCAAGCAUCAGAACUGGACCGCAGUGGAAAGGGUCACCUGGUCCGAUGAAUCACGUUUUCUUUUACACUACCAUUCAAUGCACCAGUGAUGGCACCAGGAUGCACUGUAGCGAGACGACAAGCACUGGUGGAGGGAGUGCGAUGCUCUGGGCAAUGUUCUACUGGGAAACCCAGUAGCAUGUGUACGUUAAUUUUAAAAAUGCCACCUACCUAAACAUCAUUGCAGACCAGGUACAACCCUUCAUGGCAAUGGUAUUCCCUGAAGGUAGUGGCCUCUUUCAGCAGGAUAAUGCACCCUGUCACACUGCACACAUUGUGCAGGAAUGGUUUGAGCAACAUGACAAAGAGUUCAAAGUGUUGCCUGUUAUCCAAAUUUCCCCAGAUCUCAAUCCGAUUGAUCUAUGGGAUGUGCUGGACCAACAAGUCUGAUCCAUGGUGUCUCCACCUUGCAAUUUACAGGACUUGAAGGAUCUGCUGCUUAGAUCUUGGUGCCAGAUACUACAGGACACUUCAGGGGUCUUGUAGAGCCCAUGCCUCGGUGGGUCGACGCUGUUUUGGCAGCAUGCGGACAACCAAGCAUAUUAGGCAGGUGGUCAUAAUGUUUUGGCUCAUCAUUGUAUCUACAGUGUUUCUGCAACGAUGAUUAUAUGGUAUAAAUGCAAACCACUUCAUAGUAGUGUGUUCCUGAUGCCUAAUCUGAUGGAUUAGUUAUUUUGAGCAACAUUUGAGCAAUUAAAGUAAGCUUUUGUUUUAACAGGUUAAUAACUUAAAAUUAAUUUUUGGAGUUGAUCUUUCCUCUGUUAUCAUUGAAAUGUACCUUUUAAUUUCAUUGUUUCUCUUGAUAAUUUAAAGCCCUUUUUGGUUUUAAUUAAUUCAUUAUUUUAUCUAUAAGGUAAAGUGUGUAAUUUUUGCACCACUAGUGAGAUGAAGCAUAUUAGCAAAAUAAUGACUGUUUCCAAAAGGUUUUCCGAAAUAUUACUUAUUACUUAUUGCUAUGGACCCUUUUCAGCCUGUAAUGAUGCAUUUCUGCCUUAUUUACCAUGGCAUAUAUAUUUUUUUUUUUAAUUGCUGCGAUGGGGUUUUUACAGUAAAAUUGCCAUCUUUCGCUCUUUUGACUCCUGUAAUCCACCACUGUGUAUUUUUUCCUUUUUUGGAAAAAAGUGGAAUCGUGGAAACGUAUUAGUGGAAUUUUUCUCUUGCUUUUGAAGCAAAUGGAAACACCAAAAACGAUAUUUGCAGUCGUCUCCCAUUCACCGUUAUAUACGUUUUCCCCACUGUAGUUCCACAUGUUACAAAUCCAUAAAUGUGAAAAGGGUCCAUUGUUCAAUAAACCGGUUAUUAACAUUGGAAAUAUACAGUUAUUAUACAGAGGUCCUUCAGGUCUGUUUGAUAAUUUUUUUUCAGCUGUGAAUAUUUUUCAUGUUUACUCACGUCUGAGACUUUAAAGAGAAUUGUUUCCCUUAUAAAUCAGUGCUGUUAUUUUAUUGUACUUGAAUUGUCUUAUGUACAUAUUAUGGAUCUCACUGAUAUUAAUUUAAUUUAGCUAAGUAUUAAGCACAAGUGUGUAAACUAUGAGGUAUAUGAAAUAAGUGAUCGUGGCUAUUUCUAUUGCCUAUUAGACCUUUUUUUCUGCCCUUGUGAAUAAAGAAUAUUUUGUACAGUAAGGGAAAUGCAACAUUUUUUUCAUUAUUUUUACCUAUUGAAUUUGAUAGGGCUACUGCUCUUAUUGUAUAUAUUAGUUGACCUGUUUUCCUCAUCCACAAUUCCAGCUACCUUGGUGACCGUGCUGUUAUUGUUGUUAACCUAAACAAUGUCCAUAGUAAUGAAAAAUGCACUUAAUCAAAGGAAAAACAGACUGAUUUAAACUUCGAUUUAAACUCUGUAAAUACAAUAUAUUUGUCAAUAAUGUCAAACCUCAUUGGUUCUUAAACCUUUUGUGACCAGACUUAACCAAAGGUGAUGACACUACAACCAAUUAAGUUUGA